AUGGCGGCCAACACAAACAUAUCGAAGAAGCGGAAGUUCGUGAACGACGGGGUGUUUCAGGCGGAGCUGAACGAGUUCCUGUCGCGCACUCUGGCGGAAGACGGCUACUCGGGAGUGGAAGUUCGCGUGACUCCAAUUCGAACGGAAAUAAUAAUAAGAGCGACGCGGACUCGCGAGGUCUUGGGCGAGAAGGGCCGCCGCAUUCGCGAGUUGACUUCCCUCGUGCAGAAACGCUUCGGCUUCCCCCCAGACUCUGUGGAGCUCUUCGCCGAAAGAGUCGAGAACAGGGGCCUCUGCGCAAUGGCCCAGGCAGAGAGUCUUCGCUACAAACUCCUCAAGGGCCUCGCCGUCCGCAGGGCUUGCUACGGAGUGCUCAGACACAUCAUGGAGAGUGGCGCCAAGGGCUGCGAAGUGGUGGUGUCUGGUAAGCUGCGGGCUCAGCGCGCAAAAAGCAUGAAGUUCAGAGACGGAUAUAUCAUUUCCACUGGCGAGCCUCGCCAGCGCUUCGUCAGCCAGGCCAUUCGCUCCGUCCAGCUGCGCCAGGGAGUGCUGGGCGUGCGGGUGAGCAUAAUGCUGCCGUUCGACCCCGAGGGCAAAAUGGGCCCCUCGACUCCCUUGCCCGACACCAUCAUCGUCUCCGAACCCAAACCCGAACUUCCCGUUGCAGUCCAGGACCCCGAGCUCGCUUUCCCCACCAUGUGA